AGUAAAAUGAACUCUGACUGGACGGGGACCAUGCGUAAAGGAUGGGGCCAAUUUUUACUCUUACGAUAAGAGUCUUAUCGAAGGAUGUGAUCUAUCCUAAAAUUAAUAUAGGAUGCGUUAAACUACUCCAAAAAUCAUAACCGAUCUUGAAUUUACCGUAAAAACUCAAAUAGUAGCGGGGGGCUACUAUUUAAAAAAUCGGUGGCUGGGACCCGGCUACUAUUUGAGCAAGGCUACUAUUUGGGCACGGUCACUAUUUAUAAAAUUAUGAAAAAAUGCACGGCUACUAUUAGCAAACAUCUAUUGUAAUUUUAUUUCCAGAAUCGAACUCAAAUUAAAUUUUAAUAACAGCACCAAAUUCUCCCUUAGAUCCGUAUUAGAUGACAAUUCUAUAGGUUAGGCCUGCUCUUAAUUUUAAUAAUUUAUCCGAUGAGCCGAAUUUCGUGUUCAAUUCGAUGUUGUAUAACUGAGAUUAAAUUCAAUUGUGAUUUAAUUCCUUAAAAGAGCUGGCUAGGAGAUGUCUGGUUGUAUGUAUCCCGAUCUACAAUUUUUGUUGCAAAGUGGUAGCAAAAUGGUAGCAACUUGAAACAAAUAACGGUGGCAAAAUAUUUGUUAUUUUAACGUGAUUCCACAGUAUGAAAAAUUACUGUUAACUCUUCAAAGCAUUCUGCUACAUAAAAAUAACAGUAAAAUUCACGCAACUUUUCAUGAAAAUUUCAACGAGAAAAGUUGCGUGGAUUUCAACCAAAUAACAACCGUGGUAUUCACCAAAACAUGGCACGAAAAAACAACGCAGAUUUAACCUGGAAUGCUAACAAAGAGAAUGCGCGGAAUCCAAAGUUUUGCCUCCACUCCAUCUUUCUCUCUCACAAAGUCAGUUCAAUUAAUUUUAUUUCCAAAAUGUCAUCCCUCCCAGUCAAUAAAUUUUGUAUUAUACAGAUUGACUGUAACGGCGAAAAAUUUGUAGAAAUAGCUCCCACGAUUUGGCUGGAAAAGGAGGAAAAGUUCGUGUUGUGGCCACCAGCUUCUAAACUGAAAAGUUUCAGUAAAAAGGGAAAUGUACAUCCCCUCCCAUCCUGGAGAAGACAGACGUAUCAGAAAAUCCUUGGAAAAUAUGAUACUUGGAAAGUAUGUAGCUUGUGAGAAGGUUAAGAUAGCGGAGGACACUUCCAAUCUUAAGAGUGCGUCAGAGAAUCAUUUGGAAGGCCGAAAGCAGAAACAUAAUCGAGAAUUGUCGCACCCGAACGUGUCAUCAAGCAGCAGCGAGGAUGAGGAAGAGAAUUCCAUUCUAGUUUUACCUCCUCCCAUGAACGAUGAAGGAAGCACUGAAGUACAACUAUCAACUCAAAUUAACGACAACAUUCCUUCAAUAAAUCUACCAGAAGUAGUCAACUUGGAAGGAGAAGACAUUGACGUGCUUUUGGCCACUUCAGCAGAUAUAAAUGAUUUAAAGAAAUUAAUUGAAGGCAAAUCUUUGCUUAGUUUUUACAGUUUUUAUCAUGUUAUAUCAUUUAAUACUAAAAUAAUGUAAUUUUUGUUGCAGGUUAUAAUACAAGAAUUAUCAAAAUUCUUGAGCGCCAAAACGCAGAAAUUCUAGAGAUAAGAGCAACCCUACAUAAUAUCCGAAUAUCGAACGACGGAGAAGUUGAAGCUGAUUUUUCAUCUAUUCCACAUCAUCAUCUGGAGACGAGAGAACACCUUGAACAGACUGAAAAUUGGCUGAAACUUGCCGACACAAAUCGAGAUUUAUUGAUUGAAUACCUAAGAAUAAAAGGAGGCGAUACUGUUGAGAAAAAUACGAAAAAGGCGUUUAAAAAAUUAGUCAGCCCUGAACUUGCUCGACAAAUAAAUUACACUGGAAAGGGAGGAAAAAUUGCUUUAAAACCUUUGGGAAUUUUCUCGGCUGUAAUUGAAAGUGUGAGAAAAAAUUAUCCUGCUGCAACGGACAACAUAAUUGAAAAAGCAGCAAAAGAUUUCUUCCGUUUUAUAAAAGUAUAAUAUCGUCCUGGCGUGUCAACCCGGAUUUUCAGCUAGAAAUAUAAGAAGAAUAGUUUCAAAAAAAGUACGUGAAAAUAUUGCAGAAUUACAUGAAGAACUAACGUCGUCUACACAACAUAGUAAUAGUACAGUGUUUUGUCAAAAAUUCUCGGCCGAUUAAUAAUAAUAAUUAUAGCUCAGGGACUGAAUCAAUUGAUGUUAGCGAUAGUGAUAUAAGUUUAAUUAGUCGUGUAACCUCGGACUGCAGUCAGGAAGGAGAAAGUAUUGAUAAGAUAAGAGAAAAUUUAAGAAAUUGGGCAAUUUCACAUAAUAUAACUGGGUUAGCAGUGCAAGAUUUACUCAAACUUCUGAAGGAAUAUAAAAUAUUUAGUUUUCUACCUUCCGAUCACAGAACUCUUCUCAGGCCGACGGCAAAUUAUUUUACGAAAAAAGCAUUUGAUGAUGGUCAGCUAUUUUAACCCAGAUAUAGAGCAAUGUGUGAAUAGGAUGAUUGAGAAAGAAAAUGUUCUUUUGUCUCAACCUGUGUCUACAACUUCUACCUCGUUUAAAUUAACCCGUAAUGACAAUUGUUAUAAGUUAAAAUCUGGGUUUAUUGUUGUUGUAUCAGAAUACAUUAAAGAUAGUGACGUCAUAGUAUGUAAGACAUUCAAAAAACUUGAAGACUUGUAAAAAUAUCCUAGCUCUAGUUCUAUUUUAGGCAUACAUCAGGUUUCAAAAAUAUCAAAGAGUUUUAGAGUAAAUGUGAGCCAAGUUGAAGCAAAAUGUUGGUUGAUGUCAUUGGAUGACAAAUUAAUUGUUGUUCCUUUAAUAAAUUGUUAAUAUAAAUAAUACAAUAUAAAUUGUUUAUAAAUUGCGAUUUUAUUGCCAAUGAACUGCGAAAAACCUACCGUUAAUAUUUUGCAUAAAUUACCGUGAAUGCAACGGUGGUUUUGACGUAAACAUUACUGUGGAUUUGUUGCAAAUGCCACGGUUAUUUUAUUGUUACUUUCCACGUUAAAAUAACGUGAAAACCACUGUGGUUUUCUUGAUGUGUUAGUUGUUGAAAACCACGUUCGAAAAACGGCCAUCAGUUGCAAUUCUGCAACUCAGUUAUUUUUGCGUGGAUUUAACGAAAAUUGUAGAUCGGGAUGUACAUUGGCAAUUGACGAACGUCUAUAAUUCGAAUAAGGCUACUAUUUGGGCACGGCUACUAUUUGAGUUUUUACGGUAUGUACAUUUGGUGUGUAACGUCCGACAUGGGGUAGUCAAUCAAUGUGCUGUCAAACAUGAUAAUUAAGAAGGUGUGCAUAAAGGAUGUCGUCCUGGAUUGAGGGCAGGCUGAGAUUAGUAAAGAAAAUGGCAUCCUCACCUGAAAAUUUGUCACCUGUGACUUAUCAAACCUGGCUGGGUCAUGGUGCAUUUGGCGUCGUCUUAAAAGCCGUGGACCCACCUCGUCUCGCCACUGCUGUCAAGUUUAUAUUUCCACCCAUCGACUCCAACGAUUCUAAAGAUAUGACGCAAAUUUUUCGCGAGUCCACCAUUUCCUCCAGACUAUCACCACACCCAAACAUUGUGGAAAUCUUGGGAGUUUCUGAACGUAAAUUUUCCUUGUCCGAAUUGGAAAGUAUAUUCCCCGAUUCAAUUUUACGAAACGAGGACCAGCAAACAAUGAAAGAUCACUUUCUCGGUAAAGCAAGGCGUCAAAAGAAAAUUUAUGGAGUUCGAAUCGAGAUGGAAUUAUGAGGCGAAAAUUUAAGGAAAUGGUUAAAUUUUCCUCAUCCGGUUAAAGGCCCAACUCUAAAUUUUUACAAGUUCACCAUCAUAAAAAAUCUUACUUCCGGUUUGAAACAUUUGCAUGACAGCAAGAUUAUUCAUCGCGACUUAAAACCAGAAAAUAUCAUGUUUUCCAUGGUGGGAUUCGGCCUUCCGGUGAAAAUUGGGGAUUUUGGUCUCUCUAGAAAUAUUCAUUCGAGCCAGGAAAGUAAAACUAGCUCUUUAACCAGUCAAGUCGGCACGCAGGACUACAUGGCGCCGGAAGCAUUCCGGAACAAGUACGAUUUUAAGGUGGACCUAUUUUCCUUGGGCCUCGUCAUCUGGGAGGUGGUCCAACUAAUUCCAUUUCACCAAAGAAAAAACCUUUUUGAUCGCCUCGUCAACGACAAGGAAGAGAAUGUAGUUCAAAUUAAUCCCGCAAUUCGAGAUGUUGCGCAAUUAAUCGUUUGUUUAACCAAGAAAAGACCUCAAGACCGGAUGGAAAAUAUGAGAGAGGUUACUAACCGCAUCAAGAAAUGGAAAGCGCCAGAAUUUAAAUUUUACAGAAUUGAAUCAAUUCCAAGGUCAUUCCAGGAAGCCGGCAAAAUACUGACGGCCAAGAAUAGCUUGGAACUUGUGACCUGUUUAAUACAGGCAAAACCUGGAUCAACAAUUAACCUAUUGGAUGCUGACUACGCCGGCUAUUUUGUUCUUAACAAGGAAAAAAUCACACUAAUUGGACGCGGAUCAUCAAUUUUAUUUAAAAAUCAUGCAAAAACGCAGCGAAAUCGGCUUAUAGUGUCAGGAAACUAUAACAAUAUUUGGAACAUAAAAUUUUCCUCUACCACCGAUAACCUUUCAUUUGCUCUAACUGGUGAUAACAAUCACGUAAACGGCGUGGAAUUUAUCGGCGGUCAGAAAGGCAUUUUGGUUUCUGGAAAAGAAAAUAAAUUGGAAAACGUAACUGCGACAAAGUGUGAUUCGCCGAUUCAAAUUAAAGGAUGUAAUAAUCUGAUUGACAACGUGCAAUUUGAUUCAAUUGAUGAUUGUGUUAUCUACGUGGGGACCGAAUCGGAGGGAAAUAUGAUCCAGAAUAUUUUCGGGAUAAAUAUGAAACGCGGGAUUUGGUGUGACAGCAAGAAUAAUAAGUUUAGCGGGAUUAAUUUUUCUAAAACGCUUGAUUAUAAAUGUCACGUGGGCGUUAGAUUUGAUCGGAGUGGGAAUUCGAAUACGAUAAAUGACUUAAUUUGUUCGAAUUAUGCGGAUGACGAGUGGGAUUUUGUGGUAUACUCGAGUAAAUCUACGGGUAUGAAUUGUACGUGUAACACGGUGUUUGUAGGUGGGUCAGAGGUUACACUUACCAAGGUCAAUUGUAGUAAUGCACUCAUCAUCGGGAAGAAGGCUGCGGAGGCAGUGUUGCAGAAUUGUGGGGGCAACUGGUUACUGGCUGAGUUACCAGUGAUUCAGAAAAGUUGUCGAUUUGAGAUAAUAUUGAAUAACAGGGAUAUUUAGAUUAGUAUUUUUCAGUGGUAUGAAUGACCUUGGUGAAAUGGUCCUUCUUGUAUCUUCGUAGACACAGGAAGGAAAAAUUUGCAUCAUUCUGCAGAAUAUGUAUUUCUAUGCGUAUGUAUAUGUGUAUACAUACAUACGUGUCAGUAAUAUGUAAUACUAAAGUAGUACUUAAGAAUAGUUUUCCAUAUUACUAUUACUCAUCGUGUAUCUAUUUUAGGGGCUGAGGUGAGACUCUUUGUCGUCAGAUUUCGGUGACAUAUUUAUGUACACAUGUAAUUAGCGAGAAUCUAUGUAUGUACAUUUGUAUGCUUUAUAAUUGUAUCAAUGCAUACUCUGUGCUAUUAUUUAUAAAUAAAAAACAUCAUGUUUGA